AUGGUUGAACGAAGAAGAAUAAUAAAAGCCAAGAAGAAAUCUCCCUGUGAGAUUUGCGAAGACGAGCUUGGCAAAGAAGGUUCUUUUUACAAUCGAGAGACGAAAGAAUGUGACUGUAAAAAGGAUGAAGGAUAUUUAUUAGAUAAGGCGAACAGCAGGUGCAUCAAGUGCUCGGGCAACGGGGCCUUUAUCAAAUUUGGAAAGUGCCAUUGCGGUGCGGGCAGCGUAUUCCAAAAUGGAAACGAGAUUCAUUGUACUUGUCCGAUAAAAACGACGUGGAAUGGUCAUCAAUGCGAGUCCAUUUGUGACGAAGAAGGGCAUUUUACGCUGGAAAAUGGCGAAUGUGUCUGCCAGACAGAUUAUCUAGAAUCAACUGAUCAAACAUGCGUUCCAUGUUCUGGCCCAACGGCUCAUCUCGUCGAAAACACGUGUUCUUGGUGCGCCUGCGACGCGAAAUUUUCCAUUUUGAAUUUCCAGAAGAUCGCCUGUGUUUCCUGCUUUGGCCCAGGAGCCGCACUAGACAAAAAUAAUAAUUGCGUUUGCGGCGAUCUCAAUUCCUUCGCAGAUCCGGAGAAAGGGUGCACCUGUAAAACUGGCUAUCAGAGAAGCAGUGAAGGCACCUGCAUUCCGUGCGAAGGAGCGCUAACAGAAGAAGACGAAUGCAUGUGCCCCGAAGAUACGUUUCUAACCUCUACAGGGGCGUGUAUAACAUGUCCUCCGGGGUCUACUGUAAAUCAAAAUUAUUCCGAGCGCAUGGGUACUGCAGGCACUUUUUAUAUGAAAGAGCCAGGAGUCUGCGCAAUGUGCGCUGGUGGUAUUGAAAAUUCAACCGCCAAUGAGUGCACUUGUCCGGAAGGAUCAAUGGUCUACGAAGACAUCAUGUGCAUUCCUUGCCAAGGACCGACAUCGGUUAUGUCUGCGACAGGAAAUUGCGUUUGCGAUGAGGAGUCAGCCAUACUCAGCCAGGAUAAAUCAACCUGUAAUUGCAGAGUGUAUUUUUUGGAAGCAAAGAUGACCUCGACCUGCGUGUCGUGCUUUGGCAAUGGGGCGUACUUGAACGAGCUGGAUGAAUGCCAGUGUCGCAACGGAAGUCAGCUACGUCAAGGAGAUUUUUGCGAUUAUCGUGAAGAAAUUCGUAGAGAGCCAGAUUUCCAAGAAACGACAAUGGAAAUGACAACUGCAGCAAUCACCGCCGAGUCGGAUGUUUCCCUGAUUAUUAUUCCUUGGGUUCUUUUACUGCUUUUGUUAUUGAUCUUAUUGCAGUUUUGCUGGCUUUAUUGUAAAAGAAAUAUUGUGACAAAAAUUCCAAUCGAAGAGAAUAGUGCUAACGAGCCCGAACUGGAUGAACUUAUCGCUCCUAAAUCUACAGUGCCAGUUGAGAAGCCCCAGCGAAGAGUAAGCACACCUGUUGUUAUACCACCAACACCGGAACCAAGAACUCAAUUCAACACUGCCGGAACAAGCACUGAUGUCGAGUACAAGCCGUUAUCAAGAGACCAGGAGAUGCAGACUUCGAUGAAAUCGUUGGCAUCGGUCUCCUCGCAACAGUCGUCUUCCUCAUCUUGGACAAUGGCAAACACGCCGAUCAUCCCCCACACAAUCCAAGAAGUCGAGCAGCAACGGGAACGAGAGCCAAUUUCACCACCUCAAGUCGCUGUCAACAUUGUAGGCGCGAACGAUGCCAUCGCCAAUUGGGACUAUCAGCGCGACGUCGCUUACUAUAUCGUGAGCUGCAUCAAACUCUACGACGAUGACAAAGACGAAAGAAUGGUUAAACUGUCUCCCGAAGAAACGCAAACACUCAUUCCAGCUCUUCAAGCUGACAGUGAGUAUCAAGUUCUAGUGACCGCGUUCGACUACGACAACAAAUACAAAUGCUCUCAACAUGUCCGUGUCGUUACCAAGGGAAGCCCUCCUGGUCCCCCACAGCGCAUCACUUUUGACAACAUAGACGACCAAUCUGUUCAUGUCUCCUGGGGCGAACCCCCAGAUAUAGACACUAGAAUCACCAAAUAUCUCUUCCUCUACUACCCAACGAAAAAUCCUAAGCAAAAACAAGUCCUGCCACUUCCUGGAAGUCAACGAACAAUAGCAAUCAGCAAAUUGAAAAAAUCAGAAGAGUACACCUUCGAAAUCCGAGCUGAAACUCGAUGGGGCCUUGGUGAAGCUCAGACAAGUACAGUAACGAUUGACCAAAUGAAAAGCUCCGACCGAAACAGCAUUUUCUUCGCGGAGUCGAUCAGUGACCUAACAAGACAGCUUUCGUAUGAUCACGUGAACAAGAUGAGAGAGGCUCAUGUUGUUGAAGAAGCCAGUGGAGGAAAAGAUAGACAGCGCACUGGGGAUUUAAUUAGCUCGCAGGACUUGUCAAUGUUCGCCCAAGUUGAAGCAGAUACGAUUGGGCCACGUGAUCAGACCGGGUCGAAGACAAUGGCGAAGGUCACGUUGACGACCGAAACUAUCAUCGGAAGAGUGGCUAAACAAGAAGUCUCUGCACAACAACAAUCUCAAUCAUAUAAAUCAUAUAAUCAAUUAAUUGAAGAGACGCAGAUGUACAGAAAAAUAGAAACUGACGGAAAUGAGGAUCUUCUUCAGUCUCUUGGACCAAAAGCCAUGGAUCUCAUGAAGGAUCAACAGAAGCAAGAAAAGGAGGAAGUUAUUGUCCCCGUUGACGUAGCUUCAAGCUACGAAUUAGACUCGGAAGUGACAGAUGUUCUCCGGGUCCAGCUUAGGAAUCAAUACCAGCCUCUUUACGACGAUACAGAAGCCUAUCCAUCAAGCCUCGAUGACGAGCCACACCUGGCGGGAAGGGGCGGAGAGCCCGCUGACGAUUCUUCAGAAGCAUACGUUUCUGAAUACCAGUCAGAGGCAGACGAACCGAGAAGUGGGAGCUUCCACUUCGAAAACCUGAUCCACACGGAAGCGACAGAGAGACAGUCACUUUUACAGGAGGAAUCGAUUGCGAGAAUGGAGGAGAGAAUUCGACAGAGCUCGAAUUCGUCUGAACUGGAAGAAAGUGCUCAUCAAUCGCGAUUAUCCGUGGCAACUUGCAUCGAAAAGCAAGAAGGAAUUCGCAUGAGAGGGUCAACAACUUCGAAUCAGUCCCGUUCCCAGGCUGAUCUUUUGACAAAUGUCUACGAAAGCAACGCGAUUUCAGCAGCAGAAUCGGAGGCACAAAAGGCGACUUUUCGAAAGAGCACGACAGAAGUUUACGACGCUUACAAACAUCAACAGAAGAUGAAUAUUUACGAAAACAUCUCAUCGGGAAACAUCAUGGAGUCGAUUGGUUCCAUUUCAGUUCAUUCAGAUGACAAAGAAAAAGAAGAGGAAACUCGAAAAAACUGGACAUUCUCACUGUAA